AUGUGCAGUGGCGGGGUAAGGACCCAGUUUGAGGUAGUCGAUGAUCUCAAAAAGAAAUGGAAGAACCUGAGAGACACAUAUAGUAAGGAGUUAAGGAAAAUGUCUGAAUCCCGGUCGGGUGAUUCAUCUUCGAAUCAUGAACCAUCCUGGAAAUACUUCACGCUAUUAGGAUUUUUGAAAGAUCAGUUCAUGCAUUUAACUGCUGAAUCAAACUUAGAUGAAGGAGACAGUGAAAUAAUCAAUAAUGGAGACAAUGAUGAUAUAUCUGUAAUUUUAAAUGAAGUAAGGUCACCACCUUCACCGAUUGAACCCUCUACAUCUAGUACUCAAAAUUUAAAAAAAAGCGACAAAAUGUACAACAUAUUCGAGCACAGUAUUUAGAGAUUAAGAGAAAAAAACUGAAAAUUUAAAAAAACGAUAUCUCUAAAAAUACACAAAUUGAUAAUGAAAAAAAAUCAGAUGACUACCAUUUUUUAAUGAGUAUUUUGCCUGAAAUGGAAAAACUACCUACUAUACAAAAAUCAGGUUAAGAAAUAAAAUUAACUAGGCUCUUUUAGACGAAAUAAGUAUCACAAUAUAUGGUGAACCUUAUAAGCAAUACUUUUAAUAAGGAAUAGAGUACCUACACAAUUAACAUCGAAAAGACUGUCUGAUUAUAAUUCAUAAUGUUUUAAGUGAACCUAAAAGGCUGAUUAGAAAGUUAAGAAAUUAUCUUAUUUCAGUUUUACAAAGAAUUAAAGUUAUAUAAAUAACAUAAUUAUUGUGAAGUAUUUUAAUUCCAUGAAAUAUUAAUAUACAGGUUGACAUGUUAUUAGAUAACCAUAUUUUGGGCAAUGAUAGUUCCAAAAAAAUUUAGCUAUGAAAAAAUUCCAUUUAGACCAUAUGUGCAUGUCUUUUUGGGAAAAGUUGUUCAUAUUGAUCAUUCCCCAAAAUAUGCGCAGCUAGUUAAAUUUCAUUCUUUAUAUAGAUAGGUACAUACAUUAAUGUCAAAACCAAUUUUUCACUGGCACUUAAAAUUCUAUCUGCAUUGACUUUUUUUCCAGUUCUGUUUGAAUAUUGAUUGUCGAUACUCAUUCUGGUAUACUCGAAACAUUUUUACGGAUACAUUCUGUAUUUCUCGUACUUCUUGUGGAACAGUACC